UGUUUAAAAAGCGAAGCAGUAACCUCGAAGUCAAUGUGGUCAGGAACUACAGAAGCAGCAGCGCGAAACAGGCUCCGUUUGUUUGGAGCUGCAGUACAAGAAAGCUAUCGUCGACCGGCUGCAGGAGUGUUUGCCGAAGCAGAGCACCCCUUAAUCUGGCACAAAAUCUGCUUGGCUUUGACCUGAGCAAAGAACUGCGACUCAACAAUUUGCAGCGGGGUGCUUCCUGAGCAACUGUAGCUUAUUUUGCUGCUAGAUCAAACCUUGGAGGAAGGUAGGCCAACUCAAUUCCCCAGCACCAAAAAUGAAAUCCUAAAGGGUUUUGUCGAGUUUUAUGUGAUCCGCGUGGAUACCGGCGAAUGGAGCGAAAAAUUCUCCUUGGACGUGGCCGGCUCGAGUGGAGUCAUCGCGUGCCAAGCAAACAACAUGACCUAUCAGAUUGGAGUUAACAAUACCCUCACGCAUAACUCUCUCACGAAGCAGAUUGUGUUUAUGCCAUACUUUGUGCUCAUAAACCGAGCAGAGUUUGAUGUUGAAGUACAGGAACAUCUGCGGACAGCGGACAGCUGAACCAAAGUGAAAGUUAACGAUUGUGUUCCGCUGCGGCCUAAAACCGAAGAUAAUCGAAUGCUGCGAGUUAAAGCUUCUGGGCGUCCGGAAAUUACUGCCUCCUUCAAGUACACCGAAGUUCAAUGUACGCUUCUACAGCUCAAAAAUCGCUACGGUGGCAUUAAUGUUGAUGUCCACGUAACGGAGGGCGCCAUCUACAUCACGAUUUCUGGUUAUCAUGUUGGGGAUGCUCCAGCUCUGCUGAUGAACCACACCUGUGAGCCGUUUGCAUUCAAGGAAAAGGGUGAUGUUAAUGGUAAAAUUCGAUGCCUUAUCAGAUGGUUCUGCACACCUGGGUCAAUCCAGCUGGUGAGCGAUAGUUUUUGAUAGCGGAUCGAAACUGGCCCCAGUGGAAAAUGACCUACGCAAGGACGACAUCAGUGAGUUCGCAUCGCCAAGUGAUAAAGCCGUCUGUUGGGUAUCUUUCCUCAACGGAACUCAACGAAUUUCGCUCAUAACCGAUAACGCCAACAUUGCUUACGAGCUGCAUUCUGCAAGUCGUCUAGAUCAAGUAACACAGGAAAUGAAACUAUAAAUCCAUGGCGUUGGCCUGUCGCUUGUCAACAAUGCCAAAAAGACUGACCUUAUGUACAUCGGAAUUGCCAGCUCCGGGGUUAUCUGGGAAGAAUGCAAACGUUCGGGUCGCUUCAAACAGAUGUAAAUACAGGAAACAAUUUACAUUGAAAAUGCCUACCAAAACUACCUCCGUGAUGUCGAAAUUGGCGCUUCUCCCAACAGAAAAUACUUCCUCGAGGGAGAGAAACGUCUGGAGGUAAACUUCCAAAACAACAUCAUCAAGAAAUCCACCGAUCGAGCCAUCAAGCGCAUAUUUUACCCCGGCAUAUGGCUAGAGAUGAAAUCCUCCUCCCACCAGUUGCAGUUCCACGCCAAAAUCAAUCGAAUACAAAUCGACAACCAGUUGAGCGACUGUAUCUUCCCGGUCGUUUUGGCACCGAUUCUUCCGCCCAAAAGCGUUGCUGCAACAACCGAGUUUAAGCCUUGUGUCGAGAUGAGUAUGGUUCAACGAAUAAUUCCACAUUCUAAUGUAAAGCAAUUCAAAUACUUACGGGUACUAAUGCAAGAGUUCCACGUCAAGGUAGAUCUGAUCUUCAUCAAUGAAAUAUUCGAGAUGAUCAGCACAGAAAUAACGGAAACUGAAGCGAAAAAACUGUUCGCUGAGGAUCUCAAGGUGCAACCGCAGCCUUUUUUUUUUUUUUUUUCAAGGAAUUUAACAGCAAGCUGUCAUUCUUCCCAAGCAACCGCAGCCGCUCAAUGCGCACGUGGCCAUGCAGUCGCAGGUAGUGGUGAAAAAUUUCUACGACAAUCUUCACCUGGGACCGUUGAAAAUUCACGUCAGCUUUUCAAUGGCCGGUUCCGAAUCGAAAGCUCUCCCGGGAAUAUUGUCCACCAUUUUGCAAGGUGUUGGCGUUACGCUCACCGAUAUUAAUGAUGUCGUUUUUCGAUUGGCGUCCUUCGAACGGGAGUUGCUGUUCUUAACGCAGCGCCAGCUGGUUUCGGAAUGCGUCACUCACUACAGUGGCCAAGCCGUAAAGCAACUGUACGUUCUGGUACUUGGUUUGGACGUUAUUGGCAAUCCGUACGGAUUAGUCGUUGGUUUUACCAAGGGUGUGGAGGAUCUCUUCUAUGAACCGUUCCAGGGGGCGAUUCAGGGACCUAGCGAGUUUGCCGAAGGUCUUGUGCUGGGAGUGAAGUCAUUGUUUGGACACACGGUUGGAGGAGCAGCUGACGCUGUUUCGAAAAUAACGGGUGCCAUGGGUAAGAGACUGGCAGCGCUCACGUUCGACGAUGACUAUCAGAAAAAGCGCCGUGAUGCCUUGAACAAAAAACCUUCAACCCUGCAGGAAGGAAUUGCUCGCAGGGGCAAGGGUCUGGUCAUGGGAGUGUUUGACGGUGUCACGGGGGUGUUCACCAAACCGAUAAGUGGAGCCAAAGAGGAAGGUGUUGAAGGUUUCUUCAAAGGUUUGGGCAAAAAAGGAGUUGGGCUGGUGGCACGUCCUAUUGCUGGUGUAACGGACUUUGCCAGUGGAAGCUUCGAUGCGGUCAAACGUGCAACAGAACUGUCGGAUGAAGCCAUGCGACUGCGACCGCCACGCUUUCUCCACACCGACGGUAUAGUGAGGCCUUUCAAUAAGAAGCCGAGGACAACAAGUUGCUUAAGAAUAUUGAUAAAGGAAAAUUUGCUGCUACUGACGUGUUUGCAUAUUACGAAUCUAUCCUAGACAAUAAGGAUGUGGUGUGUUAACCGACUCUAGGAUCAUUUAUGCAACGAGGAACGAUCUUUUCGGUGGAUGGCAGUGCGAAUGGUCACAUCGCUGGUCUGAAAUUUUGAGCGUCUCGACCGUUAACGAUGGUGUGGAAUUGGUGCUCAAAACCCGCGGUGGAAAGUCAGCACUGAAGAAAAUGUUCAGCUCUUCUAGCAGCCAGAAGAAAAUUUUGUUGCUACCCAUGGAAUACAAGCGUAACCGGUUGGCGGAAUUUAUGGAAAGGUUACGGGGCAAAGCCGAAUAAGUCGAAAGCAUGCCCCAGAAUCGAUAUUUUGAUGUAUGAUCGCGAAGAGCUUUUUGCUGCAACGUGUAUCGCCAUAAUAGUUAUGAACUAUUUUAUCGCAUAGCGAAAGUACAAGACAAAUAAGUUUUAUCAUUACCGGGCACUGAUAUGCUUAAUCGGUAGCCGUUCUGCACAAGCGAAGCUAAGCGUCCAUUCGAUUGUAUUUAAGGCAAAGGCAGCUUGAAACGAGAAAUAGCAGAAGUUUUUGGCGUUCGAAGCAGCCGAUCAUCUGCCCCAUUGGGCAAAUCUUAUAAAAUUCAUAAACAAAAUUCCAGCGCAUUAUAAAUAUUUUUUUUUAAAUAUUGUAUAUAUUGCCAAACAAAUUAUUA